UGACUUUGAAUUUCCUCGGUGAAGAAGGCGAAGAUCAGAGAGAGAAGGAAAGAAAGAAAAUCAAUGGCGUCGGCAGUGGGAUCAGGUGCGGCGGUGCCGUUCUGGAGAGCAGCGGGGAUGACGUACAUAUCCUACUCGAACAUCUGCGCGAAUAUGGUGAGGAACUGCCUCAAGGAGCCGUUCAAAUCCGAAGCCCUCACUCGCGAGAAGGUUCAUUUCUCCAUUUCCAAAUGGGAUAAUGGCGUUCCCCAGAAGCCCACCAUCCGUUCAGACACACCUGAAGAGGAUUAAGGCAAAAGGUUGGUUGAUCAAGUGUCCCAAUUCGAAGGCAGUUGUUUUCUUCCAAAAAGUUUUCUUCUGUUUAUUCAGUUCAAUAGACUUGGGUUCUACCAGGUAUGUAAUGCCUAAGCAUUUUUAACGUUUGCUUCGGGUUUUGGACGGAAUGACUCAUUUUUAAUAAAUGUAACUUGUGAUUAGUCUAGUUUGCAAAAUAAAACCGUAACAGUUGUGAAGUCACCACUUGAGAUUAAACUGCAUCUGUAUGCUUUGCACAAUUUUCAUUUGAAUUGGGGUUUCAAAUAUGUGCAUUGUUGCA